AUGUCCCAGCCGCCCUCCCCAACGCUCAACCCCGCUCAAAUGGCCGUCGAUCCGUCGACAACCAAUCCGGCCCCACCUCCUCAGACUGCCCCUGCGCAGUCGGACCCCUCCGGGUCCACCCAACCUCUCCAAGCCCCCUACGCACCGUAUACGGUGCUCAGCAACUACCCAAGUGCGGGACCCUCCCACGCGCCAUUACAUCCAGCAGUGCAGGGCGGGUUCCCGCACACGUAUGUCUCCCCGUACGGCGCGCCAAUGCCGUUCGUUGCUCCAGGGCAACCGUCGGUGCCACAAGCCCCUCCGCACCAAUCAUGCUGCGCACGCGCCGCCCUUCCUGCCCCCGGGAUGCCCCCGCUGAUGCCCAUUCCGGGUAUGACGUGGGCGGCAGUGCCCAACCACCACUUGCUGGUGGCGCACACCGCGGGGUGCCCGCACUGCACGGAGUUCGUGCGCCAUUAUCAGGCGGCAAUGGGGGACUCGACUUUCCGGGACGCGUUGACGUCCGUGCAGACUCAGCUGCAGACGCAGUUCUGGGCGUACUUUGAGGAGCAUGCGCGCUCCAGGGAGGGAGAAGGCCGCGCCGAGCACGCGCGACGGAUAGAAGAAUUGGAGCGGCAGCUCCAGGCCGCGUUGGCAGAGGCCAAUUCGCUUCGCGAACGCGCCAGGUUUGCCGACGAGUUGGAGCAACAGCUCCGGGCAGCACGAGAGGAGGCGACGACGCUCCGGCGCGACCGCAACAGGUAUCGGUCGGAAUGCGACCAGGCGCGAGAACAGAUGCGCGAGGACAGCCGACUGCGCGCGCGGGCGAGUCAGACACGACCCAACCAAGCACGGCGAGUGCCUGCAGUACCCCCGGGGCACCCGGAUUUCCCGGAGUCACCACAGAGGGCGUACCCUGCGCGUCCGUCACGAUCAGCGCGGGACGACAGUCCGCGUCGUCCGUCCGCUCAAGGAUCCGGGCCAGUCAACACUGGGUCCUCGCAAAUGCGGGACGAACCCAUGCCUAUGGCUGGGCCCUCCUGGGCACCCGCGCCCAUGUCGUCGUCGUCGACGUCGAGGCUGACCCUCGGGUCGUCCUGGGCAACCACGUCUGCGCCGUCAUCGAUGCCGAUGGCUGGUCCGUCACGGACCUCGCAGCCCUCAUCAGCAUCGGCGUUCAAUGCCGGUCCACCAAGGACCCCCCACCAAGCAUCUAGUGCGAUGCCACCAGCCUCGUCCCCGGAGUCAUUAGGCUCCCCCAGUCGUCACCCCGCAACUGGUCGAGGACCGGUGGUAGACUUCCAGGACUUCGAGGAGUUGUCCAGCGGAGAGGAAUAUGAGGCCGACCUCGUCGACGAGAAGUACGUUCGGAAAAAGACCAACCGUCGACGUCGCCAGCAGGCGAUUCGAGGCGAACCGUUCGACCCCCCUCCUCGUCCUGCGAACUACUCGCACGACGGACGCAGCCCGCGUCCACCAAUUGAAGGAUGGCCUUACCACCUCCUUCCGGUCCCGCAGGACUCCAACCCCCGCGAAACCGACCAUUGGUACAACUUCGUACCGGUCACUGUCGAUGACGCGCAGCGACUGCUGCAGGCCACUCAGCACGACAUGGGCCAGGCGCGUAGCCGCAUCGGUCAUCUGUUGCACCAGAUCUCCGAAAACUCGGCGCUGCAGGGA